GGGAUCUCGAGCAAACCUAACAUAAAGUAGUCAAUCCUGAGUCAAAUGCUCCAUAGACACACAAGUCAACCCGAAUGAAAAACCUGUCUCGGCAGCCACUACUUUACGAGAAUGAUCGUACAGGUUAUACUUCUAUCCGGCAGAUCUGGUGUCGGGAAAACUACCAUCGCAAGCGAGAUGUCCGAACACCUAAAAAUCCAUGGUAUCCCUCAUGCCCAUAUCGAUGGAGACAAUCUAGAUAUGGUAUAUCCCGAAGAGGAGGGCCCCGAUUUGCUACUUCUCAACCUUGAAUCUAUGUUCGGAAAUUAUUAUCGCCGCCGAGGAUGCAGCAGACUCAUCCUAUCGGGAACUGCAAUGGCUCUGGAGUAUGAAUCUAUCCAAAAUACUCUCCAAGCUGUCAUCCAAGAUUCUCUCCAAUUCCCGCGGGAGAGAGAACCUGCUAUUGAUCUCAGGGGGUUCAUUUUGACAGCCACCGACAAUACAGCCUCAGAGAGGCUACGAAAAAGAGAGAUAGGCAGUUUACUGGAUCAUCAUUUGGCGAGUGGCCUCCGAAUGGCAUCGGUACUGGAGAACGAGGUUGGGGGAUGGGCUUGCCGAAUUUCAACGGACGGUCGGACCGUGAAGGACAUUGCGGCGCAAAUUUUGGAGCAAGCAAACUGGGUCUAG